AUGGCCGCGGCGCAGGACGUGCUGGUGGCGGCGCGCGAGACCGAGGCCGACCACCAGAGGGGGCUCACACAGGACGAGGGCGCCCACAAGCGGCUGGAGCUGUCCCUGGGGGCGGAGUUCCACCGCUGCGCCACGCGCGCCCAGAACCGCAACAAACAGCGCAAGAGGUCGUCCCUAGCGCAGCUGGCCAUGCCCCACGACGGGCGCCACAUAGAGUUCGGCCGCAAGGCGCGGGAGGCGAUACCGCAGGCUGUGCAGGACGAGAUACUGCGCCUGAGCUGGAUGGACGGCGAGCUCUACAAAUUCGCGGGCGCCCUGCUCUCACACAAGCGCCUGGUCCUCCUGCAGGCCGGCCUGCUCAAGAAGCUGCCGGACGUGACAGUAAACACCAGCAAACACCCGCUGCCGGGCCAGGCCGCGGCGGCGGGGGCGGGGCAACCCGCGGCCGCGGCGGCUGGCGGGGGACAGCAGGGGCUCGGGGUUGCCGGGCAACAGCCAGAUGACGAGCUGUGA